AUGGACAAGGCACCAGCAACCGGAUGCUACAAGUGCGGCCGACCAGGCCACUGGUCACGUGACUGCCCUUCCUCCGCCGCUACCCCAAAUUCCAAUUCUAACCUCGAUCCUAAUCCCAAUCCCAAUCCCAAUCCUAACCCUAACUCUAACCCUAAGCCUACCAAUCCCAAUCCCAAUUCCUCUUCUUAUUCUUUCAAGAGCGGUACUGGUGUAGGAGGAAGCGGUGCUUCGAAGGCGAAAAAGGUGUCAGUUCCGAAGACUCGGCCGAAGCUGACCCCGCAGCUGCUUCUCUCAGAUGAUGGCCUCGGCUACGUCCUCCGCCACUUCCCUCGCGCUUUCAAGUACCGUGGCCGCGGAAACGAGGUUAGAGAUUUGGGGAACCUAAUUGGGCUGUACACCGAAUGGCACUCACGUUUGCUCCCAUAUUACUCAUUUGAUCAGUUUGUUCAUAAGGUCGAACAAGUUGCUUCCACUAGACAAGUAAAGAUGUCUCUUAGAGAAUUGAGAGAAAGAGUUGCAAGUGGAGGAGACCCGACAAAGUUGCGUGAACCACCAGUCGAACAAGGCAAUCCAAAUGAUCAACAGGAAACCUUGAACCCUGAGGGACCAAGCCAUCAGCCGGGAGGUUCGUCUUCAGGGAACCAUGAUGCUGAUGAUAUGCAGGAAGAUAUGCUUCACGAAAUUUACGAGAAAGCCACUGAAGAACCUUCUGAGAAUUUGCAUUGUGAUAUGGUUGCUGCUAGUAUAUCUGCACCUGGUAGUUUUCAGAAAGAAUUAACCAAUCAAGUUCCAAAUAAUGAAGCUAGUGAAUCCAAGGAAAAUCAGAUGACAGAUGAACAGAGAGCACGAAUGGAAGCUAGCAGAUUGAAGGCCCUUGAGAAAGCUGCAGCAAGGCGCCGCCAAUUGCAAGUGGCUUGA